CUCUUUGCUCUUUGUGUGGGAGAGCAACUAUGAUUUUUUCUAAUAAUUCUCAUCUCCUUCCACAUACUUUCUUCUUGACUGGCAUCCCAGGACUGACUGCUGCCCAUGUUUGGAUAUCCCUUCCCUUCUGCUUCAUGUUUGUCCUCUCACUAACUGGGAAUGCAGUCCUGCUUUCUCUCAUCUGGAUAGAACACAGGCUCCACCAGCCCAUGUUUUUGUUUCUUGCAAUGCUCUCUUUUGUUGAUCUGGUUCUCUCCCUUUCCACUCUGCCCAAGAUGCUGGCUAUUUUCUGGUUUGGUGCCACAGCCAUCAGCUCCUAUGCCUGUCUGUCCCAAAUGUUCCUCAUCCAUGCAUUCUCUGCCAUGGAGUCAGGGGUACUGGUGGCCAUGGCCUUGGACCGAUUUGUGGCUAUCUGUAACCCAUUGCAUUAUGCAACCAUCCUUACCCCUGAAGUUGUUGCCAAGAUUGGAGGCCUGGUGGCACUGCGAGGUGUGGGUUUAACUAUCUUUUUUCCAAGCCUGGCCUGUCGACUGUCUUAUUGUGGUUCGCACACAAUUGCUUACACUUACUGUGAACACAUGUCCGUGGUGAAGCUGGCUUGUGGGGCCAUAACUGUGGACAGUCUCUAUGCUUUUGCUGUGGCGAUCUUUCUUGGUGUGGGGGAUAUGGUCUUUAUUGCCUACUCUUAUGGACAGAUUGUGAAGGCAGUGAUGCGUUUUCCUUCUCCAGAGGCACGUGGCAAAGCAGGAAGUACAUGCACAGCCCAUGUCUGUGUCAUCCUCUUCUUCUAUGGACCCGGCUUUCUUUCUGUGGUCAUGCAGCGCUUUGGGCCAUCCACAGCUUCUGCUGCCAAGGUCCUACUUGCCAAUCUCUACUUGCUUUUCCCCCCUGCUUUGGACCCCAUUGUAUAUGGGGUUAAGACCAAACAGAUCAGAGAGUGUCUGUUCACAAUUAUAGGUUCCAAGAAGAUUGAACCCACUUGACUGUCAUUUUUGUCAGCUGGACU